GCUGACCAAUCAACGCGCCGUGUACUUGCUUGGCCAACAACUUCAAUCAAUCAACGAUCAUGAUGAUGUUGGCGGGUCGGCGGUCGUUCUGGAGCUCGGCCAAGUCUGCACUGACCAAGGGCAAGGAGACGAUCAGUCGUAUCUCCAAGAUCAACGACACCGCAGACAUCGUGGAUGGCCUGUCGUCCAUUGGCCUGAACCAGUUGCACGUGUUUCCCGAGCCGUUGCGGCAACGCGUGUCGAUGUUGCUGAAGGAACGCACACAAGUCCAGUUGGAAAAACUCAAAGAAACGAUCACCCUUGGUACGUCCAAGUCGCGGUUCCCGUGGGAUAGCCACAACGAGCAGAUCGGAUGGGAGAUGGACAAGAAGGCCAAGAUCCCCGAGUUCCUCUACGGCCCGCAAGAAACGAUGGCGUACAUGGCGUUCGAAAUGGACGGCGUGUACUCGUCCGUGCACCAUGUGCUGCGCCAAAUGACAGACGCCGACGGCGAAGCAACCCCUUUCCAGCCCAAGUCGAUGCUUGACUUCGGGUCGGGGCCAGGCACGGCGUCGUGGGUGGCCAAGGAGUUCUUUGACGAGUCGCUCCAAGAGUACCGCCUCGUGGAACCGAGUCAGUCAAUGGCGGAUGCCGCCAACGUGAUCAUGGAAGGCUUCCGCGGCCUGAGUUUCCGCAAAUCCCUCGGUGAAAUGAAGCGCGAGAUCGCCAAGGGCAAGCAGUACGACUUGAUUAUGGCCAGUUUUGUGCUGAGCGACAUCACUAACGACAUUGAGCGGAUUGCGAUCGUGUCGACGCUGUGGAGUUUGCUUGCUGAAAACGGCCGGCUGGUGCUCGUGGACCGAGGCAACUCGUGGGGGUCGCUCCAAGUGCGGUCAGCUCGACAGUUUAUCCUCGACUCCCUCACGACCAAUGCAGACGAAGUGGUCGUGUCUGACGACGCCACGCCUCGCAUCCAAGGCGGCAAAGUGCUCGGUCCGUGCCCCCAUCAAAAAGAAUGCCCCAUGAAAGAAGGCGAGUGGUGUCAUUUCGUGCAGCGGACACCUCGCGUGACGCAGCCGCGGCUACCGACGACCCAACGAUGGGCUGGCUACACGAGCAUGAAGUUUUCGUACGUGACGAUUGAGAAGAAGGCGAGCCACAAUUCCGAGACCGACGUGGCCACCAGGACAGAGCUUCCGCCGGCCCGCAUGACGCGGGGGCCGUUGUUGAGCUCGCGUCAUGUGACGUUGGACUUAUGCCACCCCGAGGUAUGACAGAACCAUCCAAACACCGGUGGCAUGUACAAGUUGAUGACGGGGCGAUCGGUACAUAGGGUGAGUUGGAGCGACGACCAGUGACCAAAGGCCGGGCGAUCCGUGAUGUGUACCGUGCAGCGCGCAAGGCGCACUGGGGGGCGCAGUGGCCGGCGUCCAAAGAUAGCUACGAACUGCCCAAGGCGGUACACCCCCCCAAACGCCGAAAGCGAAAGCCGUCGGCGAAAAAACUCGCGGCGCGCGCAGGCAAACUCGUACAAGACAGUUAAACUAACGCUAGUACAAGAACGCCCCUUUCCA